AUGAUCCACACAGGAGUGAAACCGUAUCAGUGUACUGAAUGUGAUAAAUGUUUUUGCAAAAAAACAAUGCUCAUGAAACAUCAAAGGAUUCACACAGGAGAGAAGCCUUUCAGAUGUUCUGAAUGUAACAAAUGCUUCUCAGAAAUAUCCGGUCUUACUAAACACCAGAGGAUUCAUACGGGUGAGGAACCUUUCAGAUGUUCAGAAUGUAACAAGUCCUUCUCAUGCAUGUCAAGUCUUAAUCAGCACAGGAAGAUUCACACAGGAGAGAAACAAUAUCAAUGCCCUGAAUGUCAUAAAGAUUUUAGCAAUAAAGCCGAUCUUACACAACAUCAGAGGAUUCACACGGGAGAGAAGCCUUUCAGGUGUUCAGAAUGUAACAAGUCCUUCUCGUGUAUAUCUAAUCUUACUAAACACCAGAGGAUCCACACAGGAGAGAAGCCAUAUCAAUGCACUGAAUGUAAUAAAGAUUUUAGAAACAAAUCACAUCUGAUUGAUCACCAGAAGAUCCACACAGGAGAGAAGCCAUUUAUCUGUUCAAAAUGUACAAAGUGCUUCUCAGUAAAGUCAACUCUGACUCAACACCUGAAAACACAUAGGGAAGUCAUUUAG